AUGUCCGGCGAGGAAUACAUCGACGUUGACGGCAGCGUGCUGGAGGGAGGCGGACAGAUUCUUCGACUUGCGACAGUAUUCAGUACAGUUUUCCGUAAGCCGAUUCGAGUUUUCAGCAUACGAGCUGGACGAAACACUCCAGGUCUGCGACCACAACAUCUCUCCGGUCUGCAGCUGAUCGCAAAGCUGUGCAACGGUACGUUGAUUGGAGGCCAUGUCGGCUCGACGGAGAUAAAAUUCAAGCCUGGUUUGAUCAAAGGUGGCUAUUUUGUGGCGGAUACCGGGACCGCAGGGUAAGA